UCCAGGCGGAGGCGCGAUGGCCGACCGCGGCGGCCCUUCCGAAGCGCCCAGCCCGCGGGGCUCUCCCCGGCCGGAGCCUCGGGCCCCGCGCGCAGCCGGGCCGGGCGAGACCCCGCGAACCGCGGCGCUGGCGCUGCGCUUCGAUAAGCCCAUCAAACAGGCUUUCUACAACACGGGCGCGGUGCUGUUCGUGUGCCUGUGCUGCGGGGCGGCGGUGCUCGUGUACUUCAUCCUCGAGGCCUUCCUGCGGCCGCUGCUCUGGGCCGUGCUGUGCGGCACCUUCCUGCACCCGUUCAAGAGCUCGCUCACGCGCCUGGGCCGCCUGUGGCUGCGGCGCCUGCACCGCGCGCACACGCCCAUCGUGCUGGCCGCGCUGCUGCUGCCGCUCUGCUUCGCCGACUACGGCGUCGAGGCCCUGGGCGAGCAGGCGCUGCGCCGCCGCCGCCUGCUGCUGCUGCUGGGCGCGGGUGGCCCUCUGCUCUACGGUCUCUACUGCCUGGGCAGCUACCUGGGCGUACAGGUGCUGCUGGCGCACGCGGGCGCGCUCAUCUGCCGCGGCCUCGACUACUUCAGCAGCCUGUGGAUCUGGACAUUGGUAGUUGGCUAUGUGCUGAUGGUUUCAUUCAAGUGGAAUGCAAACACUGAACGCUACUUGAGAGCAGUUUCGAUUCCUGUCUGGAUGAUACUGCUUUUUCAUAUAGCAUCACUGGCUGGCUCAUGGAGAAUUCCAGUAUUCCUGGUUAUUGUUUUCCUGAUGUCUGUGGGCACCCUUUAUGAAAAACAGAAUGGGAAAGAGUCUGCUGGGGCAGAAUUACCUGGACAAGUGAUCUCCAUGGCAGCUUCUACUCUCGCAAACUUGGCUAUCUCCAUCACAGGGUAUGAAUCAAGCGGUGAAGACCAGCCCUCCACUCACCCUGCAGAGCCCGCGGACAGGGGAGAGCCCCCCCCAGCAGUGUCUGCUUCCUCUUCAUCCUCUUCCCGUUCCUCGCCCUCUUCUCCUUCUCCUACUUUGGGCAGACAGAGGCCUGAGAUGGGGACGUUUCUCAGGAAGAAGAAAACCAGCGACAUUUACUUCGUGUCUCUCGUGUGGGCCAUCAUUGCUGUCCAGCUCUGGCUGAAUCUGUGGAUCGUGCAGCUGCUGCCAGUGCCUGUUGCAGUUUGGAUAAUCAAAAAGCUCGUGAUUCACUUUGGAGUGGUGGGCUUCCUGGAGAAACGCUGCCGCGUGUGGUGGCAGGUCAUCGAGGGCUUCCUGAAGGAGCGGCAGGAGGCCUUAGCACCAUGGCCAAUUAUCGGGCUUGGAAAGUUCUUACUAAAAGUUGAUAGCAAGCUCUGGCACUGGCUAAAUAAGAAGAUGAUCAUCUGGUUGGAGAAGAUGUUAGAUAAAAUUAUUAGCAUUUUCAUCAUAUUCUUGCUAGUAAUAGGAACCCUUCUUUUAGCCCUUCUCCUGACUGCAAAGGUACAUCAAGAAAGUGUACACAUGAUUGAAGUCACAAGUAGUCUGAUUAAUGAAACUCUAGCAAAUCACCCAGAGUGGGCAAAUUGGCUUCCUGAGGCUCAGGUGGUCCAAAGAGCCCUCAAUUCUGCAGCUAACAAUGUGUAUCAGUAUGGACGGGAGUGGAUAACCCACAAGCUUCACAAAAUUCUAGGAGAUAAAGUGAACAAUACAGCUGUGAUUGAGAAGCAAGUUCUGGAGCUGUGGGACAGACUCUAUCACUCUUGGUUUGUAAAGAAUGUGACACACUCUGGAAGGCACAAAGGGCACAAGAUGCAUGUGAGUCGUCAGAACAGCUGGCUGGGAGAUAUUCUGGAUUGGCAAGAUAUUGCCUCCUUCGUUCAUGAGAACAUUGAAACGUUUCUUUCGAUAUUAUCUUUUGGCUUCCAAAUAUGGAAGAUGAAGAUCUUGGAGUCCCUGUGGAUUGUUAUGAGCCGGAACGUGAGCCUGCUGUUUACCACGGUUACCACUCUGCUGACCAUCCUCUUCUACAGUGGCACUGCCCUUCUCAACUUCGUGCUUUCCCUGAUAAUUUUCCUGACCACACUGUUUUAUCUGUUAAGUUCCAGUGAUGAGUACUACAAGCCAGUGAAGUGGGUGAUAAGCCUGACACCACUGUCUCAGCCAGGUCCUUCUUCUAAUAUUAUUGGCCAGUCUGUGGAAGAAGCUAUCAGAGGGGUAUUCGAUGCUUCCCUCAAAAUGGCUGGCUUCUAUGGCUUGUACACCUGGCUGACUCACACCGUGUUUGGCAUCAAUAUUGUCUUCAUACCGUCAGCUUUGGCAGCAAUCCUUGGAGCAGUGCCAUUUCUGGGGACAUACUGGGCAGCAGUACCUGCAGUUCUAGACCUGUGGCUGACACAAGGCUUAGGAUGCAAGGCCAUCUUGCUCCUGGUCUUUCAUCUCUUGCCGACAUACUUCGUAGACACUGCAAUCUACUCUGACAUUUCAGGAGGAGGUCAUCCUUACCUGACGGGCUUAGCCGUGGCAGGCGGAGCGUACUACCUGGGCCUGGAAGGAGCAAUCAUCGGGCCCAUACUUCUCUGCAUCCUUGUGGUUGCUUCCAAUAUCUACAGUGCCAUGCUAGUGAGUCCCACGAAUUCAGUGCCCACACCAAACCAGACACCUUGGCCUGCUCAGACUCAGCGGACUUUCCGUGACAUCGCUGAAGAUCUGAAAUCUUCAGGAGAUUGACAUGGCUUCACUGUGGUGACUUCUCUGGGGAGUUCCACUCGACAGCGAAUUCUCCCACUUGUGGCCUCUGUCCUGUCAACUGUGUCUGGCAGGCAGGGGCACCCAGAAACGAAGCAGAAGCCUCCCAGCCUUACAUGCAGAACACCAAGUGAGGAACACUCGCUCUAGGCUGCUUUGCGUUUUAAACCCAGCUUGAGUUGAACACUGUUAGCUCACAGCUCACACUAAGAUGGCUUGAACAGUUGCAGUUCAUGCACUGGUACCAAGGCUUGAAAUUGCCCUCACUGAUUGUCUACUGCAAUGUGUAUUUAUUAAGUUACCGUAAGGGUUCCAAAAUACCUGCUAUUGAAAGUAUAUUCAGUGUAGUUUUCCUCCUGCCUUAGGAGUUCUUAGCCCCUUUUCAGUGAUGAGGCUUUCACUUGGAGUAGGCUUAGUAAGCAGGAAAAUGAGUCUGAUACCCUUUUAGAAUAACAUCUUCCCCUUCUUGGAGAAGAAAGGAGUCUUAGGGGUGAAGGGGGUGUUAGUGUGCUGUGAGCAGAGGAGAAGCAGUCCGAGGAGAGCUCUUCCUCCCUUCCUCCCCUUCACCCCUCCUUUCAAGGUUGCCAAAUUUCUACAACUUUCCUGACCACAUUGGAUGAAGAUCCUGUUGAGCUGCUAUGAAUAGUAACAAUGUGAUAGAAUCCACGUGUCAGCUUCUUCUUUUAACUGUUUUACAAGAAAAGACUCUCAGGUGUAGUGGUCCUGUGUUUGUUGUGUGUCCCCCAGUUCCGUACUGGGAACUCUACCAGUAAGUUACUUAGCAGCAGAACUUGGUUUUGUUUCUGCCCCUAGCACAGUGCCUUGCACAUGUGACUCUAGUCGAGCGCUUGCUGAGUUGGGCUGUGACUUUCUGCGCAUCUCAGAUACCAGCACAGUGCUUUACAUUUCCACCCUUGUGCAUAGUCCUUCACAAGCAUUCCCGUCAGCUCUCGCGGUGGCGGCGGCUUUGUAUUCUCAGCAGUGCCACCCUGGUGGGGGUGCUAAGCUUCAGGACAGGGCCAGUGCAGAGCCGGUAGGUACCAAGUGUUGUAAGACUUGGUCUCCUGUCUUCUGACUUCACAUCUGCCGACUCUGUCACAACACAUUUCUUAGGGCUUCAGCAGUUUCCCAGUCCUGUGACCCAGGUGUUGUCAUUCAUUCCUUAUAAGUGACAGAAAGUUUGUCCUGUUUCAUGACAUGGCCAGAAGAGCCAGCUCCUAGUGCUGUGUCCUUCCCGGCUGAUCAGUCACUAACCCUGCCUGUGCCCCAAGGGAAUGUAGAGCAGAAGGGAUUUGUGGUGGUUUUUUUUUUUUUUUUUUUUUUUAAAUAUUUAAGACUAAAAUUAAUUUUCCCUAAAACAUCUCACUAAGUUUGUAAUAAACCCCACAUACUGCUUGGCUUGGCUGUGUAUAGUAUAUAGCACAUGCAGGCCUCCAGAUUGUAUCAUGAAUCCUUCAACAUUUAUGGCCUGUUAUUCCAUUGCCUGUAGAUUUGACCACUAAAUCACUUCUUUGUUCUUUAAUCAGUUGCUCAUUUGCUCAUUAACACAUUUCUUGAGUGUUAGUAAACUCUAGGCACCAUGCCAGGGACUGAACAGGGUGCUCCGGGAGAUGACUCCUGAGGCAGCCUCUCACCUUAAGCACUGCACCAGCCAGAUCAUGUAUCAUACUGUCUAAACUUCUUGUAUUAAAAUGGCUGAAGAGAGAAACCCAGUUUGUGUUUGUUUACUAUAAUCUGAUAAGUUUAUAGCUAUAAUUAGCAAUACUCCUAAGAGGCAAAUAUAUACAGUGGUUUGUGUGCAUAUACAAAUUAUGUUGCUCCAAUGUGCUUUUAGCCAUGUAAAAGCAAAAUUGCAAAAACCUAAGUUUGAGCUAAUUCAUAGCUGUUGGUAGGAUAGUUCUUAAUCUGAAUGUGAAGUUGUUUGAGGGAAACUGAACUCCCUAAAAUAGUGGCAGUGGCUUAAGCCUGUCCUGGAAUUUUAGGAGCAGAGGUCCCCACAGAGGCACACAGUCCUGGUCAGGAAACCAGAACCACUCCAUUGCUACAGUGUACACAGGAACGCCACCUUUGGGUAGGUUAGAACUAGAAAAGUACCCUGGCGUGUGUCAGGCACAGAGAGGAGGUUUUACAGAAUUUUCCUAGGAUGGAUAGUGAGCAGGUAGCAUGACAAGGAGUCUCUAGCUUAAGUCUCUAAUUUACCCUGAAGAAUUUGCAUGGGAAUUUGACCCGGAAGAAGUUCCCCUGGAGGUCGGGGGAGACAGAGACAGAGUCAGAGACAGAGGAGUGUGUGUAUAGAAUGCAUCCGUGCAGCAAAAGUAGCUUCCGUGAAACUGGGGAUAGAGAUCUGCCUUAGCAUCUUGGAAUGUAAAAGAACAUAAAGGGUUAGUUUCAAGUUUCCUUCCCUGACAGUUUCCAACUGAAGGGGUACAAGGGAACUGAAAAGCUGUGUGCACCCGUCUGCUCCUACUUUUGAUAAGAGAAUGGGUGCAGGGCUGGAAGCAUAAAUUCCAUGUUAUGUGCAUCCUGCCUGAAUCCCACACUUUUAUAUUUAGACAUGAUCCAUGGCCUCUUUGGCCGCCAGUGUUAGAUAUUAUUAAAACUGUGAGUCUCCUAAUCCUUCUUCUUCAAGAACUGGCUGCUUUCCUUUGGACUCUGAGAUGAACCCUGUGUUGACUCUUGACUGUGGAAAGGUGCCCAAGAUGUGUUAUGUUGAGACCCUGUGUCCAAACUCUGACUUUAGGGAUGACAGCUGCUUGUACCAGUAUACAGGCAGUAAAGCAGUGCAGGGCAGCCUUCUGGCUAACCUUGGCCUUCAGAAGAACUCACCAUGCUUUCUCAGGACUUCUGCAUUCCUCCAUUUCCCACUGGGGUUAGGUACCUGCUUCAGAAGUGUGGCAAGCAAUGCUGAGAAUUCAAGGCCAACUGGACUUAAACUAGAAUACAUUCAUUUAGGUGACUAUCAAGAGUUUUUAACCCAGUUGAUGGGAAAAUACCCUCAGGACUUCCCGUACUUCAGUCCUGACCUUCCAGUCACUAUCUUCUGAGGGUCUCCCACAGCCUUUCCAAGAGUAUCACAAUGGGACUUUGAGUGCCCCUUUCACAGUGAAAAUUGUAUAUUGCCACAUACCUUCCAAAUUCUUGUUCCUGCAAAGAACAACUAUUAUUUAUUUAUUUACUGUCAGCUUUUUGUAUUUGCUAAUCUUGCCAUCAAAUGUGUUCAUUUCAUUAACUCUCUAAGGUCUGGGAAAAACACCUAUCUGAAGCCACUAAGCAGCUUUCUUGAUAACAUAAAAAUACACGAGAGAAUUGCAGAUGAAAAUUCUUCUUACCUGUCACAGAAGUUUGGUGCUUGAAUGGGCUGUUGUAAUGAGAUGAUGUGGUUGUUUUAGAGAAGGAAACAAAUUUAUGGGUAAAGUAGCGUAUGUAACAGAGCCAGUUAACAACAGACGUCAGAGUGGAGUACAGAUCCUCUCCCUCUCAGCCCGCCUUCUGCUUCUCUUCCCUUUUCCUCAUAGCUCAACCACGUUUGUCAAAAAAGAAGAAGAGAAAGUUCUAUAAUAGCAGUUGUUUGCAGAAUUAAUGGAGUUGUAAGAGAAAAACUGCUGGGGUGGGGAGAUUCUAUGGUCAAUUAAAAUUGAGGAAUGCUAAGGUAUUUCCUUUCCCUGAGAUGUCGGAGUGUUUAUUAUGCCAUGACACAUUGUGAACUUAGGAGGGACAGAGUGUUUCACAGUAUGUUGUCCCCUACCCCUCUACCCCCAACCCCUCUCUGAGCAUCUCAAGAGACCCGGGGUUCUUUUGAGCUUCUGAUCAAGUUUACAGGUCUUGUAGAAGACAAUUGCUAGUGAAAAUACUGGCAGUGCAUGUGUUAUUGUGGUACUGAGGGAUGGCAACAAGUCCCAGCAGUCUGGUGAGACACCAGAAAGUAGGCACAUUGCUGCCCAGAGCUGUGCUUACAGGGAGGACAUCCUUUCCCACCUGUGGCACACAAGAUCAGUAUCCAAGUUAUCCAAGAAUCACUUAAUGUGCAAAUACACUGGUGGCGUUGAUACUGCAUCUUAGCAGGCUUUCGUAUGGCACUUUAUAUUUUCAGGCACCUUUGGGUUCAACCCUGUGAGCUAUAGUGUUACAGUCAUUGUACAGACGAGGCACUGGAGAAGUUUGUUGUUGACUCCUUCUCUUCUCCCUUCUCCUGCUCUCCUCUCUCCUCUGUUUAGAUCACAAAAGGAUGGAGCCAGAAUUUGGUUGCAGAAUCUCUGACUCCAAGUCCAAAGUUCUUGAUACUGGUCUUUCCUUCUAGCUUUAUGUAUAUGAUGAAGGUAUGGAAACAGAUCUAACCAUGGUUUUGCUUAUUGUGAAGUACAAGUUCUCUUGUAUUGGAGUGACCCAGAAGUGUAACUCUUACCGUAGCUGUCCUAGAAAAACCCCUUCUUUGUCCUUGCAGUCCCUGCUACUUGUUCAGGUACUUGGUUUGUACUUCAAAUACUGUUUGAUUGUGAAACCAAGAUGGAACAUAUCAUUGUAAUUAUUUAACUCUGAAAAUGUAUCACCUCUGCAUUCUCAGGUGAAGGAGAGAAAUGGUUUGACAGGAAAAAUAGCAUUCAAAUGCAACAGUAAAUAUCCUUUAUUACACAGAUGCUGUUUCUUAGCUUUAAUUUGCUUUCACAACUUACUGAUGUAACAACAUCUUUGUAAAAUGUAAAAUAUUUAUAUUUUGAAAUAAAGUCACAAAUGUUGGAUGAAA